AUGCUCCUAAGGAAUACAUUUGGUUGCGAAGGUGGUGGUGCACUAGUACCAACGCGGGGAGAUUCACCUUCACCUAGACCUUUCUUUCACCAUGUAAGAGGGGAUUUGUAUAUAAAAGCUCUCUUCUGGGUAGCAAAGGCAUCAGAGACCACAAUUUCACUCACAUACCUUCCUUACUCGACCGACAAACAACUAGCGUAUCGAAACAACACCUUGUUUAGAAUCAACAUGAGAUCAUUAGUGAUUUUGGUCCUGGUAGCCGUGCUGGCUAUAUCCCGCGUCUCGUGCAGAGAGCCUAAGGGGGACAAACGAUCGUCGAGACUACCGUUCAAAGGGAAGCGCGGGAUCGUCGAGUAUUCCGGAGGAUCGUCUUACAACUCUCCUCUCAUAAGCUCCGGAUACGCCGGCGGAUACUCGUUGGGCCAUUCUUCGGGUAUCCAAAGUUUAGGAGGCGGCUCGAUGGGAUACUCCCUAGGAUCCGGAGGACUGGGCCACAAUUUCGGGGCCCAGGUUCAAGGGAUCGCGUUGGGAGGGCAGCACUUCGGAGGGCAAUCGUACUCCUCGCCCGGCCUCGGCUCCCUCGGCGGCGGAGGAGGUCUGUUCAGCCCGCCGUCCAAGAACGGGCCGGUCACCUUUGGCAUCCACGGAGGAGGUGGUUCUUCGUCUUCGGCCGGCUACUCGGCCCCGGUCUACGCGACAUCCGGUGUCCACGGAUUGUCGGCGUACGGCUCUCCUCAUCAAGGGAUCAGCCUUUCGUCGAUGUUGGGAUCCGGCCACAGCUCCGGCUACAGUCUACCGGCUUCGUCCCUCGGCACGGGUCACACCCUGUCGAUCCACUCCAUCUCACCGGGUUACGCGGCCAGCGGGGGUUUGGUAAUCGAUUCCAGCGCUCUUGGAAAAGGAUCCUCGAGCUACAGCCUCCCAGUCUCCUCCUCCUCCUCCUCCUCCUCCCACGGAGGUUCGUCCCUGAGCAGCUACCAGUCCGGUAGCUCGUCCUCGGGUUACUCUAUCCCGAUAUCCUCGGGAUCCUCUGCCCUUCACUCCGGUUCCUCAGCUAGCUACUCUCUGCCGGUCUCGUCUGGAUCGUCCAUAGGGGGACACAUAAGCCUCUCUGGCGGAUCCUCCUCCGACAGCUACUCCCUUCCCGCCUCGUCCAUCUCCACCUCGCACCCUUACGUAUCAUCCGACACCUCGUCCUCCUCCUCCUCCUCCUCCUCCUCCUCGAGAGGUACCAGCUACUCGAAUCCAUCCUAUUCCUCGCCCGCUUCCGGUUAUUCCGGAUCUAUCUCCAGCUACUCGAGCCCUACCUAUUCCAGCUCAGGUUAUUCCAGCGCGUCGAGCAGCUAUUCCCCUGCCUACUCGGCUCCCUCGACGUCGUACGGCACCCCGAUGGAGUCACACGGCUCGUACUCGAAUCUGGCGCCCAGAUACGUCGAGUAUCCCGGCUCGAAGAGCUACGAAGAUUCCACGAGCAACAAAUACGACACGAUUUCGUAUUCAAGUCCAAGUGGGAAAUAUUAA